AUGGCUACAUCAACACUCGAUUCUUCCCGCCAGCCGGCCCUCUCUCUCACGGAAGCCACCCUGCCACCCCAGUCGGGCCGGGUCUUCAUUGUCACGGGCGGAUCCAACGGUCUGGGCUACGAGCUCUCGCGCAUCCUCUACGGUGCAGGCGGCAAGGUCUACAUCCUGACCCGGUCCAAGGAGCGCGCUGAGAGUGCCAUUGCCCGCAUCAAAGCUCACUAUAGGGACGAGAAGGAAGGAGUACAAGAUGCUGGCAGACAGCGGGGGAGUUUGGCGUUCAUACAUCUCGACCUGAUGGACUUUGGCAGCGUCAAGAAAGCCGCCCUGGAAUUCCUCGAAAGGGAAAAAGGACCAGAAGGUCGUCUGGAUAUACUGUCAUUCAACAAUGCGGGUACAGGCGGCCGUAAGAAUGCCCCCGCAGGACAACAAGGCCACGAGUAUCACUUCACAACCAACACAAUGGGCCCAUUCCUCCUAACCCGCCUCCUCACGCCCGUCCUCUCCAGCACAGCCCGGCGCAGCCCCCCAGGAAGCGUAAGGCCUCCCCCGGACGGCGUGCGCAAGGAGUUCCUGCAAGCCCCGAACCCUUCCGUGAUCUCUGCCAAGGACGCCAUGGACUACAAAGAGCUGUACAGCCAGUCCAAAGCAGCCUGCUGGUUCAUCGCCUCUGAGUUUGCCCGCCGCUACGCCGAGACCACUGGGUACACCCCGAACCUGCUGUACUUUUGUGUUAGGCCUGUGCUGAGGAACCCUUCGCCUGUAGGCGCACACACGUACUUGUGGAUGGGGUUCUCGGACUCGGUCACUCUUGCUGACGCGGCCGAGGGGCGGUAUGCGACGUGUGAUGGGCGGUGGCACCCGGGCCAGAGGGAAGAUUUGGUGCUGGCGCAGCGGAAGGUGGACGAGGGAGGAUCGGGUCGGGCGAGCGAGGUUUUUGAUUGGUGCGAGGAAAAAGUUGCGGAAUUCUUGAACUGA